AUGUUGCCGGAGUCGGUGCGCAGUAUCCUGUCCCUAAGGACAUUUCCCUCCCUAUGGAGAAUACUCAACGAACAUAGGCUCUUGAUUCCCACUGCGGCUCUGGGUGCUGUCGCCAUCUUGUUUCGUUAUGCCCUCUCACGGCGACGGAGGACACCGAAGUCCGCUGACUUGAGGCGAUUCGCUCGUAACCUGGCGACUGGGAAAGGCGACGAUUUGCAGAACUAUGACAUAGUGAUCGUGGGUGGUGGCACAGCUGGUUGCGUGCUCGCCUCUCGAUUGUCGGAGGACCCAAGUUUGAGUGUUCUGCUACUGGAAGCCGGCAGCAGUUCGUUGCACAACCCGUUAUCUCGCGUACCGGCCAUGUACCCCCAAUUCUUCCAUUCGGAGUAUGAUUACGACCUGUACACGGUCCCUCAAGAACACGCGGGAAUGAAGAGAAAGUUCCACCCGAGAGGCACGGAGACCUUUCAUCCAUACCUGACAUUCUUCCACUAUGGCGCCCCGUCGGAUUUCGAUCAGUGGGCCGAGCUUCAAGGAGGACAAAUCGGUGCCUCGGAGUGGAGAUUCGACCACUUCAAUCAGUAUUUACGCAAGUUUGAGAACUUCCAUUCAAGCGAAGACCGUCCUCUUGUCGACGCCUCAGUACGAGGGGCGAGAGGCCCGAUGCCCUGCGGCUUCUUCGCGAACGUCUCCGAUGGGGCCAAGCGCUUUCUGAAGGCAUGCGGUAAAGCGGGGAUACCGCUCAACCAAGACUUCAACACUGCGAAGGGGACAUUAGGCGUAAACGCGGUGAUGACUUUCAUCGACCCCCGCGGGCGACGUGUGACUACAGAGUCCGCAUACCUGACGCCUGAAGUACUCGCACGGCAAAACCUCACCGUUGCCACCCGUGUCCAGGUCACCCGUGUCAUGUUCAGGCAAAUGAAGGGAAAGAGACCGCGCGCGGUGGCUGUGCAUCUCAAGGAUGCACAUGGUGAUGCCUUCGAGGUCAAGGCGAGGCGUGAAGUUGUCCUGUCAGCGGGUGCCAUACAUACUCCCCAGCUCCUCAUGCUCUCUGGGAUCGGUCCAGCUGCGCACCUGUCCGCAUAUUCCAUCCCCGUCAUCACAGACCUUCCGGGCGUCGGCUCACACUUAAUGGACCACCCCGAAAUAAGCUUCCACUUCCGCGACAAGACGAAGUCUGUGCUCGCGGGGCUCUCGCACGACCCGCGCAGGCACGGCAGAUUUGAUCUUCUCGCGACGCUCUGGCGACUCGCUCUAGUCGUUCAGUAUGAGCUGACGGGGAGAGGCCCGUUGACGACUAUCGUUGCAGAAGCGCUGGCAUUCGUCCGUUCUUCGGACGCUCCACUCUUGGCAAAGGCUGGCGUUACCUUGCCCAACCCAGAUGACAUCGAGGAUUCCUCUACGGGACGAGAUGCACCCGACCUCGAACUCUUGUUAUCACCCAUGGCUUGGCUCGAGCACGCGUGCGGAGCAUAUCCCAAGGGGUAUCAUUUUGGACUGCACGAAGUGCUUCUGAGGCCCACAAGUUUAGGGACGAUCAGGUUGAACUCGGCUGACCCGUCCGACCCACCGCUGAUCGACCCACAGUACCUCUCCACCAAGCACGAUGUGCAAGUCCUCAUCCGGGGCGCCCGCCUCCUCGCGAACAUCCUGUACCAGCACCCGCUCGCCGACAUGCUCGACCCCUCCGGAUCCAGCGACACGAGUGGCUUGCUCAACCACGACCUUGCCUCGAAGAGCGACGCGGAGCUCGAGGCGCUGAUCCGCGACCGCGUCGAGACGAUCUAUCACCCGACGAGCACCGCUCGCAUGGCGCCCCUCGAGGACGGCGGGGUGGUCGACCCGUACUUGCGCGUGUAUGGUGUGGAGGGGCUGAGGGUGUGCGAUGCGAGUAUAUUUCCGACGAUUACGAGUGGGCAUACGGUGUCUCCGACUAUUGCGGUCGCUGAGAAAGCCGCAGACAUGAUCAUAGAAGCACUCCGUUCUUAG